GUAAAUUUCGGGCAAUGCAUUUGAGAUGCGCUCUCGCUGGUACCUAGUAUCUUUUCUUCUCACACCAUAACCAAAUAUUAUCCGCACGGAUAUGGCGAGCAGAGGCUUAAGGGCAGGAAUGUCUAUCGACACUCUCUUUCUGUUUUCCUCAGAAACCAUCCGCAGGCCAUUUACACGUCAAUGUUGCCGUGUUGUUCAGCAUUCUCGGCUUUUCGGAGCAUCAUAUUCCACAAGACUGAGCCCCAAUGCACCAGAUUUGAUUAAGUGGAUACGAGACGAGGGAGGUUUCGUUCAUCAGGGUUUAAGACUGGAUAAUGAAGGCUCCUCAGGCCUGGGCUUGCUGUCUUCCAGAGUUAUAGCAAAAGGUACGGAGAUUAUUUCUCUGCCGCGCCACAUUCCUUUGGCUCUACCGCCUCUCGACUCAGGGCCAGAUCAUCCCGACGCCCUUCUCAUCGAUCUUGCUCGCCGUUUGCCCGAAGAGCUGUGGACGUUGAGGUUAGGUCUGAAGCUUCUUGGAGAGCGAGCAAAAGUGGGUUCUUUCUGGUGGCCAUACAUCAGUAACUUACCUCAAGCUUUUAAUGUGCCCAUUUUCUUUUCUAGAGAGGAAAUAGGAAACUUGCAAUACAUUCCAUUGAUUCACCAGGUAAAUAAGAGAUGUAAGCUUCUUUUGGGUUUUGAAGCAGUUGUAAAAUCAGUUAUUGAAAAUUUGGUAUCAGAGCAGCAUCCUUUCGGUGGUCAAGAUGUUGAUGCAGCUGCUUUAGGUUGGGCCAUGUCAGCAGUUUCUACCAGGGCAUUUCGUUUGCAUGGGCAUGUAAUGUCUGAUGGUAAACGUGGCAGCACUCCAAUGCUUUUACCUCUUAUAGAUAUGUGCAACCAUGAUUUUCAUGCCAAUGCUCGAAUUGUUCAGGAAGCUGAUUCUGGCUCAGAUAGGACUCUAGUUAAGGUUGUUGCAGAAGAGAAAAUUGAAGAAGGCGAAUCAAUAUUAUUAAACUACGGUUCAUUGACCAAUGACCUACUUUUGUUAGAUUAUGGAUUUAUAGUCCCUGAAAAUCAACAUGAUUAUGUAGAGCUAAAAUACGAUGAACUUCUUUUGGAUGCUGCUGCUAUCACUGCUGGUGUCCAGUGUACUGCUUUUGCAUCUCCUGCUCCAUGGCAGCAGGAAUUUCUUUCUCAAUUAAACUUUCAUGGCGAUAACAGCAAUUCCAGGGUAAUCUUGGGAGGUCCGGAGAUGGUUGAUGGUCGGUUGGUAGCCGCUCUUAGAAUAUUGUUUGCGGAAGAUUCUGAGUCUAUUAAGAAGCAUGGUCUGAAUACUCUUCAAUCGUUGACUGUUGAAGCUCCUCUGGGUGUGCCCAAUGAGAGUAAUGUUCUACGCACCAUUGUUGCAUUAUGUGUCAUUGCUCUGGGACAUUUCCCAACCCAAAUAUUGGAAGAUGAGACGAUUUUAAGGAAAGAAGGGAAUUCUGAAGCUCUGAAAUUGGCAAUUGCAUUUCGUUUAAGUAAGAAAGAAUUGCUUAUCAAAGUCAUGAAGACUUUGACUCAAAAAGUGAAGAGUUUAAGAUGAAGAGAAAACACUAUGCAUAGAUGAAUUGAUCGGGCAGUAUUUGUGCGCCAAAGAUGCAUAUCUUUGUUUUAUCUAAUAUUGAGGUCACAUUUUUUUAAUCAAACGAACACACUUUUUUAUUAAAGAAAGCAUGCUGAUACAAUUUGUGAUUAGCUGAUAGAUAUUGAAAUCUUUUACUUAUUGUCAGAAUGCCCUAUUAUGUUA